AUGAAACGUGAUACAGAUUUUAAUUCUCAACCACCAGAAUAUGUUAAAGAAUGGUAUAGAGAAUUUAUAUUUGGUUAUCUUGAACCAGAUGGAAUAUUUAUGCUUCGUUUACUUUCAUCAAAUACAAGUGAUUUUGUUUGUACAGAAGUUAUUAAUCACUUAUGGCAUGCAUUUUAUAUGAAAGAUCCUAAACAAUUAAAACGUAAACGAAAACAUGAAUUAGGUGGUGACUCAUCAAUAGGAGAAAUUACACGUCAAGCAUCUGAUCCUGUUGAUUUAUCUGCAAGUUAUGAUUCGAUUCGACGUCGAAGUAAUAAUUUUCCAGCUCCACCAUCCGAUAAAACAAAUACAAAUUAUGGGCCCUUAAUCCCAACAAAUCAUCAUCAACGAUUCUCAUCAAUAACUACUAAACAAUCUUCUCUUUCAACUCUAGUCGAAGGCGAUGUAUAA